AGGGGGAAGCUUGCGGGGACUUUGCGCUGACGUCUAGACGAUACGGAAACUAUUCUACUGUAACUACCCAGGCAGACUAAUGUUUCUUCUCUUAUCUGUCUAAUUUCUGGAUCUUUUCUCAUCAUCUUUUCUGUGAUUCGAGUUGGGAAUUAUCCGGAACGGCUCUUUCUUUGUCUCGCAUACGAUCUGCUUGCUUAUCAACCUAGUCUUUCCAACAUGUCUGCAGAUCCGGACGGCGACUCCGAAAUGGUCUCCUCUCCUGAAUCCGAAGACCUGCACCAGCCUAGCUCUCCCCAGCCCACCGGUACCCGCACACCCACCAACGGCGGCACACAUUUCAACUCCGAGCUCUCCCCUCCAGGAUCGCAGAAAGCUUCAGAGCCCGCAGCACGACCAGGCGGCAUGACAUUUACAACGGGGUCCGAGGCAGUGGAUAGGAAGGGCGAUUCGAAGACGACAGAGAAGCCCGGGGCGUCAUGGAUGAAUAAACGUGCGGAAGAGGAGUAUCAACGGGCGUUGGAGAAUGUGGUGGAUAGGGAUUUCAGUCUGAGGGAGUUUGGAGAUCCUUUCGACGAGAGAGAUGUGAACACGAACGGAUUCUGAUGAGAUGAGACGAUCUCGCAAUAACUAUGUUCCUCGGAAUUCUAUAAUGGAUAAUGGUGAAUACACACUAGGGAUGGCUUCCCCGAUCAUGACAUAUCUUAUCUCCUGACAUGUCCAACUCCUGACCAUGAAUCCGCUUUCUCAACAGCUGGGGUCGAUCGUCGUUAUAUGCUCAUGGCUUA